AAGUAACAACCUUCCCUUCCCUUCAACCCUAAUUUAAGAUCAAUCCCUACAUUUAAUAUCCUUCUCAUAAUCCAUGCAAUCUCUGUCUCUCACUCGAUCUCAUUAUCUCAACUCCUCUGUUUCUCGAACUCAAUCUCCCCUCCCAUUAAUUAAAGCACUCUCAAACGUACUAACAUUCAAGUCUUCAAGAGAAGGGCCGUGUUUCAUUUGACUCAUUGUAUCUAGGCUACGUACGUACCACGGGUAAUUAAAUAGAUAAGUAAAAAGUGAGGAAGAUGGGAGAGAAAUGGGGAAUCCAAGUAGGAGUGGUAGGAGCAUUGUUUCUAUCAGUGGCGUCAUCGGUUUCUAUUGUCAUUUGCAACAAAGCCUUGAUGAGUAAUCUUGGCUUCCCUUUUGCGACGACACUGACAAGUUGGCACUUGAUGGUAACAUAUUGUACCCUUCACAUAGCGCAACGCCUCAAUUUUUUCGAGACAAAAACAGUGGAAAUGAAGACAGUAAUCUUGUUUGGAAUACUUAAUGGUAUUUCAAUAGGACUUCUUAACUUGAGCCUUGGUUUCAACUCCAUUGGUUUUUACCAGAUGACUAAGCUUGCCAUUAUACCUUUCACUGUCCUCUUGGAAACUCUUUUCCUCAACAAAAACUUCAGUCGGAAAAUCAAGUUUUCUCUGUUCGUGUUGCUGGUGGGAGUUGGGAUCGCCUCGAUCACCGACCUGCAGCUCAAUUUCGUUGGCACAGUUCUUUCUGGUUUAGCCAUAGUCACAACAUGCGUUGGUCAGAUUCUGACAAACACAAUACAGAAAAGGCUUAAUGUAUCAUCGACACAAUUGCUGUAUCAAUCAGCACCAUUCCAAGCAGCUGUUCUGUUCGUGUUUGGUCCUAUGGUCGAUAAGUUCCUCACCAAACAAAGUGUCUUUGCGUUCAAGUAUUCCCCCGUUGUCUUGGGGUUUAUCGUGUUGUCGUGCCUGAUAGCGGUGUCAGUAAACUUCAGCACAUUCCUAGUGAUAGGGAAGACAUCACCAGUAACAUACCAAGUAUUAGGGCAUUUGAAGACAUGCUUGGUUCUUGGAUUUGGUUAUACAUUAUUGCAUGAUCCUUUCACAGAGAGGAACAUUAUUGGAAUUACUAUUGCUGUUUUUGGGAUGGGGCUCUAUUCUUAUUUUUGCACCAAUGAAACCAAAAAGAAAAUCCCUAUUGGGGAUUUAUCCACUGCAUCCCAGAUAAAAGACCAGGAAAUUUUGCCACUAUCCUCGGUGAAGAAUAUGGGAAUCCAAGACAAUGAAAAUCAUGAAAAGAUCAAAGCAGCCAAGGAUUCUCUUGUCUAAAUCAACUUUUUUUUUUUUUUGAAAAAAUUGGAGGCUGUAUGAUUUUUGUAAGGGAUUGGUUAUUUUUUAAGGUGUUUUUGGUCUUUCCUAUUAUAUUCUAAAGGCAAGAAACAGUUGAGAGGAUAAUACACAUCUUUUUUGCAAUAAGCUCCACAAAGCCUCUUUCUACUAACAAAGAAGUACGAGCGCAGACUUAUUGUUAAUAUGAGUAAGGCCCUGUUCUUUUUGGCUUAAUUUCAGCUUCAGGACUUAUUUGGCA